CUUCAUUAAUACUCUCAAGGCUCACGUUUUGCCAUGUCCUCCUCACCCAAGUCUUUCUUCUUUCUUCUUUCUCUCUUCACACACCUCUCUUCACGGAUCAUAUAAACAAUAAAUUCGCAGUCAUAUCUUUCGUCGAAUGAAUCUUUGAACAUAUUUCCUAGAAACCCGGCAAAGCAAAAUACUGUUUUUUCUCUCAUUAAACUUCUUCUUCUUCUUCUUCCUCUGCUUCUUUCCUCUGUUUCUUCCUCUGUCACUGUUCUGUACUGAAAUCUUUUUUACUUACAAGAACAAGAAAGCUUUUGUCUUUUAGCUCUUUUACAAGGAGGAAGAGCAAGCAUAGAGAGAAUAGUAUCUUCUUUCACAGUCUCAUUCAUAUGGCUUCAAUAAACGAUAUUGGAGUAGCAGCAGCAAUCAAUAUAGUCACAGCAUUCGCUUUUCUCUUAGCUUUUGCUAUAUUCAGGAUUCAACCUGUAAAUGACAGAGUCUAUUUUCCUAAAUGGUAUCUCAAGGGCUUAAGAACUAGCUCUAUACAAACCGGUGGCUUUGGAAGCAAAUUUAUCAACUUGGACUUCAGGUCCUACGUUCGAUUCCUUAACUGGAUGCCUGAAGCAUUAAAAAUGCCAGAACCGGAGCUCGUUGAUCAUGCUGGACUUGACUCUGUUGUCUACUUGAGGAUCUACUUACUCGGGCUCAAGAUCUUUUUCCCGAUAGCUUGUGUUGCUUUUACGACAAUGGUGCCUGUUAAUUGGACAAACAAGGGAUUGGAUGGGUUAAGGCAUACUAAUAUAAGUUUCAGUGAUAUUGAUAAGCUCUCUCUAUCAAAUUUACCGAAUGGGUCAUCAAGAUUUUGGGUGCAUUUGUGCGUGGCUUACGCUAUCACCUUUUGGACAUGCUUUAUCCUGAAAAGAGAGUACCAAAAUAUAGCUUUAAUGAGGCUACAGUUUCUUGCAAAUGACCAAAGGAGACCUAACCAGUUCACUGUGCUGGUAAGAAACAUUCCUGCAGAUCCUCAUGAAUCAAUCUGUGAACUUGUUGAACAUUUCUUCAAGGUCAAUCAUCCAGAUCACUACCUCACUUUCCAGGCAGUCCAUGAUGCAACCAAACUCUCAGAAUUGGUUCUGACGAGGAAACAAAUGCAGAAUCUGCUUGAUUACAAUAUAAACAAACACGUGAGAAAUCUAAAUAAAAGGCCAAAAAUUAAGAUGGGAUUUCUUGGCUGCUUUGGUGAAGAAGUAGACGGAAUCAAGUACUACACGUCUGCUGUCGAGGGUCUAACCAGAGAAAUCUCUGAGGAGAAACAGAGGUUAAGGACCGGCACAAAGUCCAUAGUGCCUGCAGCGUUUGUAUCUUUCAAGAGCCGUUGGGGAGCAGCGGUUUGUGCUCAAACUCAACAGACAAGAAACCCAACAGAGUGGCUAACCGAGUGGGCUGCGGAGCCACGUGACAUAUACUAUGACAAUCUGGCAUUGCCAUAUGUCGACCUUAAGAUAAGAAGGCUCAUAGUUGGUGUAGCAUACUUUUUCCUCACCUUCUUCUUCAUGAUACCAAUAGCGUUUGUACAGUCACUGGCCAACAUUGAAGGCAUAGAGAAGGCUUUUCCUUUCUUGAAGCCCCUUAUAGAAGUGGACUUGUUAAAGUCAAUCAUCCAAGGUUUCCUUCCAGGAAUCGCCUUGAAGAUCUUCCUCCUUUUCCUCCCAAGAAUACUGAUGCAAAUGUCCAAAUUCGAAGGUUUCGUCAGCACAUCCUCAUUAGAAAGAAGAGCCGCAUCUAGAUUCUACAUGUUCCAGUUUAUUAAUGUUUUCCUUGGAAGCAUAGUCACCGGGACUGCGUUUCAACAGCUCAACAAAUUCCUUAACCAAUCUGCAAACGAUAUUCCAAAGACAAUUGGCGUCUCGAUUCCAAUGAAAGCAACCUUCUUUAUAACAUACAUAAUGGUGGAUGGAUGGGCAGGUGUUGCUGGGGAGAUACUGAGGUUGAAGCCGCUCAUAAUCUAUCAUCUAAAGAACUCGUUCCUCGUGAGAACUGAGAAAGAUAGGGAAGAAGCAACUGAUCCUGGAACCAUAGGAUUCAACACCGGUGAGCCUCAAAUACAGCUAUACUUUCUUCUCGGUCUCGUUUAUGCAGCAGUUAGCCCCAUCCUUCUUCCCUUUAUCCUCGUCUUUUUCGGCCUAGCUUAUGUAGUGUACCGUCAUCAGGUAAUAAAUGUUUAUAACCAAAAGUAUGAGAGUGCAGGGAAGUUCUGGCCUGAUGUUCACAGGCGUGUUGUGACAGCGCUGAUCGUGUCCCAGCUGCUCUUGAUGGGUCUUCUAAGCACCAAACACGCUUCUAAGUCCACUCCUUUGCUUCUUGUGCUACCUAUGCUGACCAUUGGGUUCCACAUACACUGCAAAUGCCGUUACCAACCUGCUUUCGUCACAUAUCCUCUACAGCAGGAAGCUAUGAUCAAAGAUACACUGGAACGCACACGUGAACCAAAUCUAAACCUCAAGGCUUUCCUUCGAGAUGCGUAUGCCCACCCAGAGUUCAGGGUUGGAGAAGAUAUAGACGAAGAGAUGGGCAUGACGAAGGCAAAGUCUGAUAUGUCACCAGAGUUAGUGGCCACUAGGCGUGGCUCAUGGAGGAACACUCCUUUGCCUAGCAAAAACAGCUACCCUAAUUCACACUGAUAGUUGUUUUGUUUAUACCUCCAAUGGUAAUUCUUUUAUGUUCUAAAGAAGUUUUCCCUUCAUUGGAAAAAUGUAUAUAAAUCUUCAGGUCAAUACCAUCUACGAUUACAUUGAUUUCA